CUUUUUUUUUCCGUAGUGACUCAAUACCCUUGAUAUGUCAGAUCGAUACAGACCUUCCGGAGGUGCAAACAGAGGCAGACCUCGGGGUGGUGGCCAAUAUCGAAGUCAAUUUGGACCCGGAGGAAAUAACCAAAGUGGGAGUGGAAAUGGAGGAAGUACUGGAGGAAGAUCUUCAAGAGAUUACUAUUCUGAACCGAAAAGAUACGGGCAAGAAAACUCCAGAGAUAUAUAUAGACCAGGUGGUCCAUCAGGAACCAGCCAGAGAGGUGCAGCACCUACUCGACCAAGUGGAAAUGGCCCUCCAACUGGUCCAUCAGGUGCCCGAGCUCUUCCAACUGGACCUUCUGGUUACCGGUCAACCCCAAAUCAGAAACCACAACAUUCAGAAGGUGGUGAUACGUACAGACCUUCUCACCCUUCAAAAAUACAACCUUCUCAAGGAGGUAGAUCUUCAAGACCUUCACUUCCACCACAACAAAGCACAAUCCAGAACGGGAAGAGACCACUUCCGCAUGAACCUAAAUUUGUAGAUGGCCCAGGAGGUCACGGGGGCCCAAGUGGUGCGGAUGACGACAGUUAUUACAAGAGACAAGACAGACAUGGUGGUGAUUAUGGCCAUCAAUCUCAAUAUAGAGAUACACGUCCAAUUAGGGGUCAACGCGGAGGGGCAAGAGGAGGAGGAGCAGCUAUACGUGGACGUGGAGGAUCCAUGAGAGGGGGCCGCGGAGGAGGACGCGGAGGGGCUUCAGUGGGAGACUCCAGAGUUCCUAAUAAUAAACCAAAUGGACCUCAUCCAUCUACACAUAAAAAGGUUCGUAAAGACCUUAAAAAAUCACAAAUAUAUCUGAUGAAAGUAACGAAACCAUUUGAAAUUUAUGCAAGAGUACAACAAGUUGGUGAAGGAACUUAUGGUAAGGUUUAUAAGGCCAAGAAUUCAAUUACCAAUGAAUUUGUUGCAUUAAAGAAAUUAAGAUUAGAAACUGAACGAGAAGGAUUCCCCAUCACUGCAUUACGUGAAAUUAAACUUUUACAAUCAUUCAAUCAUGUGAAUGUGGUUGGGUUAUUAGAAAUGAUGGUUGAAUCAAAUCAAAUAUAUAUGAUUUUUGAUUAUAUGGAUCAUGAUCUUACUGGAUUACUUACACAUGUUGACGUUCAAUUAGAAGAAUGUCAUAAGAAAUUUAUUUUCAAACAAUUAAUGGAAGGGUUAAAUUACUUACAUAGGAAACGAGUGAUUCAUCGGGAUAUCAAGGGAUCAAACAUCUUAUUAAAUAACAUUGGUGUUGUCAAAAUUGCUGAUUUUGGAUUGGCUAGAACCAUGAAAUCUGUAUUAAAUGGUGAAAGUCCUGAUUAUACCAAUCGUGUGAUCACUAUUUGGUACCGUCCACCUGAACUUUUGUUAGGAUCUACUGAUUAUGGAAGAGAAGUUGACAUUUGGGGGGUUGGAUGUUUAUUAAUUGAAUUAUAUUCAAGAUCAGCUAUAUUCCAAGGAUUUGAUGAAGUUGGACAAUUACAAAAAAUCUUUAAUAUUAUGGGGACACCAACAAUAAAAGAUUGGCCAAGAAUGGAUGAUUUACCAUGGUUUGAAAUGUUAAAACCAAAAAUUAAUAAGGCAAGUAUUUUUGAAAGAGAUUAUCGUCCAUUAAUGUCAGAAUUAAGUUUUGAUUUAGCAAAGAAUUUAUUAAUGUUAGAUCCAUCACGUCGUUUCAAUGCUGAAAAGGCCCUUGAACAUCCAUAUUUCUAUAUGGAUCCAAAACCCGAACCUCUUUAUUUCUUGAAGGAAAUGAAGGGAGAAUGGCAUGAGUUUGAAACUAAAAAGAGAAGAAGAAAGGAGAGAAAGAGAAUCCAAGAAGCCAAAGAAAAGGAAGAAAAGGAUUCAAGAACAUCUGCACCAGCCACUGGAAGACCGGUAACCGAUAGUAUCCCAGUUACUGAGAAUUUAGAAUAGGAAUAAUAUAAUUCAUUAAUAUAAUUCAUUAAUUAAAUUUGAAGGGGAAU